AUGAAGAACCUUCUGCUUCUACUUGUGCUCUUCACAGCGUUUUCUUCUGCAUUUCCUACAGAACAAAAGAUGGAAGAUGAAGAAAACAUGCACCUGGCUCAGGCAUAUCUCAACCAGUUCUACUCUCUUGAAAUAGAAGGGAGCCAUCUUGUUCAAAGCAUGAACAGGAGUCUCAUGGAUGGCAAACUUCGGGAAAUGCAAGCAUUUUUUGGGCUGACAGUGACUGGAAAGCUGGACUCAAACACGCUGGAGAUCAUGAAGACACCCAGGUGUGGGGUUCCUGAUGUGGGUCAGUAUGGCUUCACUCUCCCUGGGUGGACGAAAUACAACCUCACAUACAGAAUCGUGAAUUACACUCCAGAUAUGGCACGAGCUGACGUGGAUGAGGCUAUCCAAAAAGGUCUAGAGGUGUGGAGCAAAGUCACUCCACUCACCUUCACCAAGAUUUCCAAGGGGGUUGCGGAUAUAAUGAUUGCCUUUCGGAACCGAGUCCAUGGUCAGUGUCCUCGUUAUUUUGAUGGGCCCUUGGGACUCCUCGCCCAUGCCUUUCCUCCUGGUGUAGGUCUGGGUGGAGACACUCACUUUGAUGAGGCUGAAAAUUGGACCAAGGAUGGAGAAGGAUUCAACUUAUUUCUUGUGGCUGCUCAUGAAUUUGGCCACUCACUGGGGCUCUCUCACUCCAAUGAUCAAAGAGCUUUGAUGUUCCCAAAUUAUGUCUCCUUGGAUCCUAGCAAAUACCCACUUUCUCAGGACGAUAUCAACGGAAUCCAAUCCAUCUACGGGGGUCUACCUACGGCACCUGCUAAGCCAAAGAGACCCACUGUACCCCGUGCCUGCGACCCUGAUUUGACUUUUGAUGCUAUUACCACUUUCCGCAGAGAAGUAAUGUUCUUUAAAGGCAGGUACCUAUGGAGGAUCUAUUGUGAUAUCACCGAUGUUGAAUUUGAAUUAAUCUCAACACUUUGGCCAUCUCUGCCAGCUGAUAUUCAAGCUGCAUAUGAGAACCCUAAAGAUAAGAUUCUGGUUUUUAAAGUUGGGCAGUAUGAUGAAGUGACCCAAACCAUGGACCGAGGGUACCCACGGAGGGUGGUAAAAUCCUUCCCAGGAAUUGGUCUCCGGGUGGAUGCUGCUUUUCAGCAUAAAGGAUUCUUCUAUUUCUUCCGUAGAUCAAAGCAAUUUGAAUAUGAUCCUAAGGCAAAGAACAUUACCCGAGUGCUGAAAUCCAAUACUUGGUUUCGAUGUAAAGAACCACUAAACUCCUCAUCUGAUUUUAAUACCAGCGAGGAAAAAGUACAUUCAGGAGGAGUGGAGAUAUUUUAUCAGAAGAAUUUAAACUUGCUUAUUUUCAAUAUUGCUCAUGUGCUGAAAGAAAUCUACAGUUAUUAAAAAAAUUCACAGACCUAAAA